GUCUAAGGCUACUACAUUAUGGGCUCGAUUCUGAAACUUUAACUUUUCGAUUAUGAUAAAGAAAUAUUAAUAAGUGUAAAUCGAUUUUCAAACGUAAAUCUUUUUGAAUUUGCAUUAGGGGCGGAAGAAAUAUGCAACUUUAGUUGCAUAAUUCACUCGGACAUUGUAAUAAAACAUUUCUAAUAUAACCCUGCUUUAUCUAAUAAUGAAAUACGUUUGACAGCAAGGAGGUAAUUUAAGAACCGUCAGAAAUAAUGAGCAUGGCAAAGAGCUGAAAUUUCGCUCAUAUUUUGAGCAUAAUUUGAGGAUUAUUUCUAGAAAAGUUGGCUAGUCCUAAUUCUCAUUCUUUCCUUUAGUCAUGUCUUUAUAUGAUAUUUAUAUGUAUAAAAAAUUCAGUAAUCUGAAAAGAGCAUUAAAACUAUAAUAUUAAGGAAGGCAACCAAAAAGAUGAAAUGAUUUAUUCCCCUAAAUCCCCAUUUAACCCUAAAAUCUCUAAUCACCCUUACCCCAAUUUCCCUUCCUCUAAAUCUCCCCAUCCAGCCUCAAAAUCUCCAAAAAAUUUUCAAAAUUCAUAAAAACCCUGAAAAUCCCUCCCUUACCAAAACGUAAAAUUUCCUGACUAAAAAUGCAGCAUGGAACGAACAAAAUUCGGAGAAGCCAAGAUCCUAGGAGGGGUUUAGAAGGAAUGAGCAGUGGAUUAGGAGAGGUCUGGGGAGAGAGAUAGGAGAGAGGGUAAUCUCUGCAUCGUUAUUAGGAAGUUUGGCAAUUGUAUUCAGUGAUAUAAUUUGUGCGAUAAUACUGCUAUAUUAAAAAAUAGCGGUCAAUGUUGGAGUCCACUCUGCCAAUGAGGAAGAUGAAAAACUUCAAGGAAGGUAAUGUUUAUACACUAUUAAUGAGGCAUGUGAACAUUUUAGAGCCAUAUAAUAAGACCGUUGAUACUAAUUU